GGCGCCGCUGGUCAAGGCUGCAGCGCUGACCAUUCGCUGUCGUCACUGACCUAGACGGACUGAGGUCCAAUCGCAAGGCUCUUAAUUCAUUCUUACUGCUACCCAUACUCAUUUAUUGGGCCGGCCCUCAGGAGACAAUGUCCCUCCUCAACAUGGUCCCCAUCGGUCCGUCUCCUCUCCCACAGGAGCCCUCCACUCCUCCCUCCAGCCUCUGGGCGACAGCCUCGAAAGAAUGGGUAAUCCCUGCUAAGCCGAAACCAGGUCGGAAGCCAAAGAAGGAAGCAUCCGCCAGUCCGUCCGAAGUAAAGGAGGGCGAAGAUGGAGAAGCUGGUAGACGCGUCCAGAACAGAGCUGCACAGCGAGCCUUCCGCGAGCGAAAGCAGACCCAGCUAGCAGAGCUCCAGGCUCGCAUCCAGCAAUAUGAGCAGGGUGAGAUAGAGAAGAAUGUUGCCCUCCAGAAUGUUGCCAAGAAGAUGAAAGAAGAGAACGAAGAGUUGCGCAGGGAGAACCAAGCGCUCAAAGAGAAGCUCGCUUCUCUGGAACAGGAACGUGAAAUAGGCCUUUUUAACAGCCCUGUAAAGAAGAGAAGCGUCGAUGAGGAUGCCCUUUCCUCUCAGCAGAUGUCCGACUCCAAGAAACGCGCAAGAUUUACGGCUGAGCCUCCUGAUACCCCUAUAGAUCCAUCCAUCGCACCAUAUACCCCUUCAGACACUUCUAUGCUCUCUCCCAUUGACCCGUCAGGGUCCUUGUACCCUCGUGCACACCCCCAACACACCACUUACAAUUCUACCUCUGCUAACAUGACCAGCAUGCUCGAUUUCCCUUCAGACCAAAGUCAGGCUAUCGAGAUGGAUGUUCAGGAUUCAAUGGAGUCUGCACGUUGCGUGCUCUGCAACCCCGCACAGCCAUGCGUCUGCAUGUCUAUCCAAUCGACAGAAGCACAACACAGCUCAUCCCAUGCUCACCAGCCACAAGCGGUCAUCGAACAGCAUCAAAUGAGUUUCAACUCGCAACCUACGGAGUAUAGCAUUCUCGACAAUCUCCCUGCCUACCAGGAGCCCGUCCCGCUUCGCCGCCGCGCACCCGCUGGCCAGAGCUCGCGACCUGUUUUCCCGGUUUCUCCCGUCCAACAGGACAGCAUAGCACAGGAGAUGACGGCACAGUGCUCUGGGGAUCCUUCCAACUGCAUGGCAUGUGCAGAUGACCAGUUUGGACAGGCGUUUUGUCAGGCUAUAGGCCAAAGUGUCUCGCAGGAAGCUCUCUGUUCCGACUGCCCUCGCUUGAACAGUCAAGCAGAUGCGGUAGUCGUAGGAGAUUGUUGUGGCAAUAUCAACAGGUGUGGUUCUUGCGGUAUUGCACCAAUGCUUUCUUCUUCAUCCCAUGCCCCUCGCCUGAGCGACACAAUCCCCACAAACGACGCCUGGCGCCAGAUCAAGUCUCAUCCUAACGUCGACUUCACGGAUCUGUCGCUCCUAGCGGAAGUCGUCGCCCGUCGAUCUCAAUGCCCCGGCUCGCGAGUUAUUACAGAACCUACACAGUACCAGCCUCCGUCCCAUUACGGACAAGACGCCGUAGAACUGACUCAAUUUGGUGACCCCGGUCAUUCCUAUGUCCGGAAACCUGACCGAGCAGAGUCGCCUCCACGACUUGUUCCACAGAAGGUCCUCAUCGAGUGUGGACGAAGAAGAAUGAGGGAAGUGAAUAUGGACGGCGUCAGAGAAGCCUUGCGGUUACUCGAUGCCAAGUUCGGGCAAAGUUGAUAUAUCGUCGCGCCGCCUCUAGUCCGAGCAAGAUGGUUACUUCGUAUUUCGACGUCAGUACUAUGUAAAUAUGCUACUAUUGAUUUAAGUACAAUUUCCCAAUGCCUUCGCCUCUGAUGCGUUGGCAGCUUUACUGCGAUUGUUUCCCCAGUAUUGCUUCCAGUCACGUAGCAAGCGACGUAGUUUCUGGUGAAAGGCCCUUUGCUCCGGUUUGGUGAGUUUCUCUGACGGGCGCGACACGUUGGCAGGGAGAGCACGGAACGCCUUAGCAAGUUGUUUCAGCGAUGCAUCAUGCAUCUCCGCCGGGAAAGAUGCAAUUUGCGGCCACAGUUCCAUGAGAACACGUCGCGCCAUCUGAUACGCGCCUACGGCGAAGUAUGCAUGAGCUACUGCGUCAAUGGCGGCAACAUCUGGCUUGAUCGCUGCGGAAACCAUCGCGUCGAACACCUGAGAUGCCAAUCCAGGCUUGCCCUGCCGGGCAUAUCCGGCGAUUAGGAUGGUGUAAAGCACGACGUUGUGUUGAACGCCGUUCUCCGCCGCAGUGUCAAGGAGUGCCUUCGCCUUGUGUAGUUGACCCUGUCGGGCAUAGCCGUCCAUGAGCGCGGCAUAGUGGUAAGCAUUGGGAUGCAUCCCUCGCGCCACCAUCUUCCUGAAAUUCGCCUCGGCGGAGGCGAUGUCCGCUCGAGUGACAGCGUCAUGGCGGAUACGCAUAGCGAACGUGGCUCUGUCGCUGCGGAUUCCACGGCCGACCAAGGACCGAAUAAUUGGCCGCAAAAGCGAGUCGUACCGCAAGUGACGCGACAAAGACAUGCCGGCAGAUGGGUCUAAGCUGUUCAUCACAUCUAUCAAUCCAUCAUCGCCCAGUCGCCUUUGACGCCUUGUCUUUGAGAAUGUGGCCGCGGUGACGUCCCAUCCACUGCCAAAUUUGAGAAACUUUUCGCGCCGUAGGAUGCUGCGCAGGAUGAUAUGUACGUGCUGAAGAUUGGGCUGGAGAGGAACGGCGGCAAAUGCUCGGAGAAUACGGAUGAGUUCACGAGGUCGAACGCACGUUGCUGAAUCCAAGUAGUCCAGAAUCACUUCCGCCGUUUGUUCAUCAGGUUUGUGACCCGUUUCGUGGAUGACACGAAGGAGGGCUCGCCCAGCAGCAAGACCACGGUGCACCAAGAGACCUUCCAAAAGCGAGUUCAAGACCUCUAAAGUCAGCGGAACACUGGUUGGGUCUAUUGGUAGAUCACUAGUGGGUGUCAAGCGAGUCACGCGAAAAAGCCGUUGACAAUGUGACUUUGAUGGGCAAAUUCGAGAGAGCAGACUAACGGCGACGUCGUACUGACGAUUGAUGCACAGAGCGCGGAUAACGGCAGCAGCAGCGCCGGAAUUGGGAGGGAUAUUGGCGUCCUUCAUGCGGGAAAGUGUCCGCAAGACGCCGGAUAAAUUCCCAUUCUUUGCCUGAUAAUUCAUGAUGACGGCGUAGGUGGCAG